AUGCUCUGUUGGGCCUGGACAUUUCUUUGGCUUGUCGCAGGAGAGAGGAUCCCGGAAUUUAAUGCUUCAGAUUGUUCCACCAAAAGACUCCUUUGGACAUAUUCCACAGCGAGUGAAGAGGAAUUUGUCUUAUUUUGUGAUUUACCAGAACUGCAGAAAUCCCACUUGUACCCGACAAGUGAACCCUCACCGACAAGAGACCCUGCGUACUUUCCCUGCAGUGGUAGUAGAGACCUCUCUGAUGUCCUCUGGUACCUACAACCUCAGAAUGGAGACCCACUGGAGGAAAUCACUAACAGAUAUCCGCAUAUCAUUCAGGACAAGACUAUGCUUCGCUUUUUGAUCCCAGAGAUGAAUGAUUCUGGUUCAUAUAUUUGUGGACCCAGGAUCAGGGGCCCCCAGGAUGUGGCAUGUUGCAUCAAGACAGUCUUGGAAAUUAAGCCCCAGACAAAUUCACCCUGUGAGAACCGUAAGCCACAUAAGCAAUAUCUACUUCUUGGUAGGAUGGACUCCAUUUAUUGUCCCAGUCUCAGCUGCCAAAGUGAAACACAGAGUCCAGAGGUGACUUGGUACCAGAAUGGAAAACUCCUUUCUGCAGAAAAGAGCAGCUCAAUUUUAGUGGAUGACACCUAUGUCCAUCACCAGGGCACAUACGUGUGUGAUUAUACUCAACCAGACCCUGCCAGCUUGAGUACCCUCAGAGACGUUGUUCAAGUGAUGACCAUUGUGGAAGACACUAAAUUCAAGCCAGAUAUUCUGGAUCCCAUCCAGGACACACUGGAAGUAGAACUUGGAAAGUCUUUAACUCUUCGCUGCAAAGCACGAUUUGGCUUCGAAAAGCUCUUUAGACCCGUGAUAAAGUGGUACAUCCAAGAUGCUGACCAGGAGUGGGAAGCCCCAAAUUCUGAGAAGAAAAGUACACAAUCCACUGUUAAGGAUGAAGUUAUUGAAUGUGUUUUCUCCUUGGAAAAACUCACUCAGAGAGAUCUUAGUAGAAAGUAUGUUUGCUUUGCUCAGAACUCGAUUGGGAAUGUCACCUGGACUGUCCGCCUGAGGGAAAAGAAAGGAGUGGUGUUCCUGUACAUCCUGCUGGGCACCGUCAUGACCCUGGUGGGCACACUGGCAGCAGGCGCCCUCAUCUACAUGUACUGGAUUGAAAUGGUGUUGCUGUGCCGAAGCUGCCGGAGCAAGGACGAGACUCUCAGGGAUAAAAAGGAAUUCGAUGCUUUCGUAUCCUAUGCMAAAUGGAGCUCUUUGGAGAGYGAAGCCUCUUCAGCUCCGAGUGAGGAGCAGUUGGCCUUGAAUCUGUUUCCUGAAGUUCUGGAAAACAAAUAUGGAUACACUUUGUGCUUGCUUGAGAGAGAUGUGGUCCCCGGAGGAGUGUAUGCAGAAGACAUUGUGAGCAUUAUUAAGAAGAGCAGAAGAGGAAUAUUUAUCUUGAGCCCCAACUAUGUCAAUGGACCCAGUGUCUUUGAACUCCAAGCAGCGGUGAAUCUUGCCUUGGAUGAUCAAACGCUGAAACUAAUUUUAAUUAAGUUCCGUUCCUUCCAAGAGCCAGAGUCUCUACCUCAUCUUGUGAAAAAGGCUCUCAGGGUCUUACCCACAGUCACUUGGAAAGGCUUCAAAUCAGUUCGUCCCACUUCCAGAUUCUGGACACAGAUGCGCUACCACAUGCCUGCUAAAAACUCCAGAAGAUUCAAAUAG